GGAGCAGGGCGGGGUUGGGGGGGCAUCACAGUUGCUGGGGCCAGGCCAUCCAGUGUUGGCAGAGCAGUGAGGUGGGCGGGCGUUUCAGUCUCGCAGACAUCUCUUCAGCUCUUAUGAGGAGCACAGGCUGCGGGGGGCAGAGUGAGCUAUCCCCUCACAGACAGGUGCCUGCUUCUGCCCCUGUUGGUGAGUCUCCACCGUGAGGCCCUCAUGUGUCACCUCCCAGAUAGUGGCUCUCCCUCUUGGGGUUACACACAUUAGCCAAGCUCUCAGACACCAGUUGUCCAAAAUGCCAGUCUGUUCAUUUGCAACAAAAAUUGUGACCAUCAAUGGGGUAAGACAGGUGGACCAGGUGGUCCUGUCUUACUGUGGCAGGUCUCCAGGGACAGGCAGAUGAGCAGCAAGUCGCUGGGCCAGCAUGAAAUCAGAAGCUGUGGGGCCGGAUAGUGGAAUGAUGGUAAUUUUGGGGGUCUUCAGACUGCCAAGGAGGGGAUGUCCCUGCACUCUCCUAGACGAGUCACCAGGCACUCAGUGCUGCCCUCUGGCUCUUCGUGUUCUAAGUUUUCUUAAGGGACCAACCUCCCGUUCUGCUUGCUGCAGCUCUUCUUUACUGUGUUCAUGCGUUCAGGUAGGUGUCGGUCAAGUCUCCGCCUGAUGGUCUGGUCUGCUCACAUCCAUUGUGUGUGGGUCAGUUUGACGCUCAGGAGCUGGCCGUCAUGCACUAUUUCCAGAUCCCUGGGGUUGCUGGCAGAGGGUGGUAAGCUCCCUGCCAUUGCCUCCAUGAACCCCCUGUGCCAGUCACUGGUUACAAGGAUGAGGAAAUUGUGUUCGUGCCUUGAGGAAGCUGUUGCUCUCUUCCCUGGUGGGAAGUCCCAGGGUUGCGACUCUCUUCUUGUUCUCAUUUUCUUCUUCCUUGUGAGACCCGAGACCCAUCUGUCCCCAACUGUAGCCUCAUGCCCUUGUUUCAGACUUCCUGUGCUGAAGACUGUGUACUGCAUGAACGAAGCUGAAAUGGUAGAUGUUGCCCUGGGCAUCCUGAUUGAGGGCCGAAAACAGGAAGAGCGCUCAGAGCAACCGGCUCUGGCAGGCGCUGAUAAGGCAGAGCUCUCCCCAAUCUGCUCAGCGUCACCCAGUUCUCCUGGGAGCAGUGAGGACGAGGACAAUGGGAAAGAUGCCCUUCCCCCAGGCCACAGCCCUUCUCAGGGGCCUGCUGGUUCUGACUCUGGCUGCAGCAGAAGCCCUGAGGAAGACGAGGAUGUGUUGAAAUACGUCAGGGAGAUAUUUUUUAGUUAAGGGACAAACUUCCCAGGACUUUCUGUCUAGAGUAGCUGCACGAUGCUGGGAUCCCUCCCUGCCUGGGGGCUGCCGUGGGACGCCGUGGGCCUUCUCCUCCUAGCUCCACAAUCCCUGGGCUGGGCAGAUUCACCUUGGAGCAGAAGCCCCAGGACACUCUGGGCCUUGGGAAGUGAGGCAUCAAAAUGAGCUCCUGUUGGAAUUCCUCUGCACUGUGGCCUCUCCCAGCUCAGGGGUCUGCAAUCCCAAUUUUCUAUUUUAUUCAGUUACCAGGGAAAAUGAGGUCAUGGUGGUCAGACUUAGUGGAACAAAAGAGUCAACUUAAUAAUUUUAAAGAAAAAAAAGCAUGGCUGCUAGGCACACUGGAAUUCCUAUAAUUUAGUCAACACGAUCUCUCCCUAAGGAGGAAGUCUAUUGUAAAAAUAGCUUCCAUCAUGAGGCAACCAGUCAGCCUGUGAGCCCUCAGUUGUCCAGCCCAGCUGCCCUCAGUGCUCUGCUCGGUCUGGGAGCUUGCAGCUCAGCACGCAGAUGGGCAGCCUUCUUACCAGCCUCGUUACCAAUCAGACAGGCCUCCUGCUUGAGCUGCCACCUCCCUUCUACUUGGCAGCCUUCGCCUAGGUCCCUAGGCCAUCGUAAAGGGAGAGUGGGGCAGGACCCCAAAGGAGAACACUAAGGACAAGAGAUCACACCAGAGUCAUAUUUCUGCCUCUAUUCAGUGUGGCUUUUGACAGGCAUAGAAUGAGGCGAUCAUAUGCUGUACAGGUUUUCCAGUAAACAGGUGCU